UGUUUUGUUUUUGUUGUGUGCGUGUAUGUAUACUAUUAUUAUUACAUCUACGAACGUAUAGGAUUAUAUGUUACCAAAGACACAGUUAAAAUAGAGAAGUGUAUGUUUAUGUAUAACGAAGAAAUAUUUCCGUGUAGAGACAGUCUUGCUUAUUUCAUGUUUGAUUUUUCCAAGUAAGGAAUGGCUACAAAUCUCAGUGGGAAUUUGGGGCAACCUCAGAAUGCUGUCACAACCAUAGGCAAUAUUGCACCUGCAAUAGGAGUAGUAGGAACAGUCCCCAGCCACCUCUCACAACGGCCAUCGACACCACAGCAGCACACUGAUACAGCAAUGGAAGUAGAUUCUGCAAUGCAAACUUCUCUGGUUCCAUCAGCGCAUGUAAAUAACUCCUCUACUCCAGUACUGGGUAAUCUUCAGUCAGUAGUAGGAUCUGGUAUGAGCAACACUAUUUCCACCUCAUCUGUUGUGACAAUGUCGUCGCAUCAUUCUCCUUUAGCAACGGCCCUGCAAAGCGGAAACAGCGGCACUCUGUCUUCCAGUAAUACCAUUGGAACUCAGGUCAAAAGUUUAUCUACAACUUCCGCAGCCUCCUUAACAGCAGUUCCACAUGAAGUUCAGGCUCAGAUUCUGACUCGUUCCCGUCUUCAAGACUUGGUCCGUGAAGUAGAUCCAACAGAACAGUUGGACGAAGAUGUGGAGGAACUUCUUUUACAAUUGGCCGAUGACUUUGUGGAGUCGACAGUCGGUGCCGCGUGUUUGCUUGCCAAACACAGGAGGGCUUCUACUGUCGAAGUAAAGGAUGUUCAGCUCCAUCUUGAGCGAAACUGGAAUAUGUGGAUUCCAGGUUUCGGAACAGACGAACUACGCCCGUACAAGAGAGCAGCAGUGACCGAAGCCCACAAACAGCGGCUUGCGCUGAUUCGAAAAGCACUAAAAAAAUAUUGAACUUUUAUGUUGUUGUUUUUUUAGGAAAUAAUAAAGAAAUUAUUGCACAUGGGAUGACGGAACGGUGACUGAUUUGUCCACAUUUUCAUCUGCCGACUUUAUUUUUGCAUCAUAAUGUAUACAGUCAAAGGGAGCGCUUCUAAUCUUCACAAUAUCCGGUUUCUUUAUCUGUCCGAGAUCCUCGCUGUGAAUAAUCAUCGUCAUUUAAGGGAUCCUCAACAGUCAAGAUACUCACAUUGCUUAAGUUUCUUUGUCAAAUGCUGUACAUAGUGAAAUAAAAUAUAGUAAUGCAUUAUAUA